GGGGUUGACUUGAGUGAGGGAGGGAAAAAAAUGGGUGGACGGAAAGUCCCUGCUUGGAAAUCCCCUUGAGUUGGGCUUUUUUCUCCCCCUCCUCUCUCUGUACUUUUGUUUUAUGGUUUUAAACGCUAUCGUAGGUAUCUACUCGAGUCGUCAGUGCAAGCGAGAGGGCUCGUCAAAGUGCGAGCGGCCCCCCCACCCCCCCAAAAAAAAAAAAUAUAUAUAUAUAUAUUUAUAUAUAUAUAUAAAAUAGCCGCGCGGAGAGGAGAAGCUCGAAUGGCGCCGAGCGAGAGGACGAAGGUGCCGAGUAUCCGGCGGCCUUUGUUGUAGCAUCAGCCCCCGCGCAAGUCGGACAGUUUCCGUCUUCUACCGCUGCUGCCGCGCCUCUCUCCGGGCCACCUUCCUCGCCACCAUGUCGCAGGGACAAAACUUUCUCCCCAAGUUCCUGUUCGUGUCCAACCUGCUAAAAGCGGUGAAGAUCCGACAGCGGGUGCCCAACGAUGUGGUGAAGCCGGCGGCCAGCGGCGGCCUCAUGCACCACCUGCGCGGCAUGCACCGCUACACGCUGGAGAUGAUCGCCAUGAACCACUUCCCGCAGGCCUUCCGGGAGGUGGUGCAGGCUGCCAUCUUGGACCGAGCCAUGCAGGCCUCAUUGGAGCAGGAGAAAAAGCUCAACUGGUGCCGGGAGGUGAAGAAGAUGGUGCCACUACGGACCAACGGAGACGGCAAUUGUUUGCUGCACGCUGCCUCCCAGUACAUGCUGGGGGUCCAGGACACGGAUUUGGUCCUCCGGAAAGCCCUCCAUGGAGUUUUAAAAGAGACGGACACUGGCGUCUUUCGAGCACGCUUCCAAGCAGAACUUCUGCACUCCCAAGAGUUCACCCAGACGGGCCUUCGCUACACCACCACGAACUGGGAGGACGAGUGGGAAAAGAUCGUAAAGAUGGCCUCUCCGGUAUCCAGUAGCAACGGCCUCCAGUUCGACUCGCUGGAGGACAUUCACAUCUUUGUCCUCUCCAACAUCCUCCGCAGACCCAUCAUCGUCAUCGCAGACCAGGUGCUGAGGAGUAUGAAAUCCGGUUCCUCCAUUUCCCCCCUCAACGUGGGAGGGAUUUAUCUCCCACUGCACUGGCCGCCGGCAGAAUGCUACAAGUACCCCAUCGUGCUGGGCUACGACUCGCAGCACUUUGCUCCACUCAUUACCAUCAAAGACAGCGGCCCUGAAAUAAGGGCUGUGCCUCUGAUUAAUCCCGGACGAGGAGGCUUUGACGAGCUGAAGGUGCACUUCCUGAUGGAGAAAGAGCACCAGCAGAAAGAGAGGCUACUCAAAGAUUAUCUGAUGCUCAUCGAGAUCCCCGUCAUCGGCUUGGGAUACGACGCCACACGGAUCAUCAACGCUGCGCGGUUGGAUGAAGGCAACUUGCCUGAGGACAUGAACCUGAUGGAGGACUACUUGCAGCUGGUCAACCACGAGUAUCAACGCUGGCAGGAGGAUAAAGAGCAAGCGUGGGCCGCCCAACCCCAGCGGCCGCCGCCCUUCUCCGUCUCGCAGCUCUCGCUAAUCGAGAUCCGCUGCGCUACACCGCGCUGCACCUUCUACGUGUCAGUGGACACGCAGCCGCACUGCCACGAAUGCUUCGAGAAACGCCAAGCCACCACCACCGGAACCAGGGUAGAAGGUCUGGUGCACACCAAGGGGGGCGGCUCAGACAGCAGCGAAGGCAGCUCCAGAGGUGGCCGGAGCAGCAGCCCGCUGUCCUCCUCGUCCAGCCGGGUGGUGGUGCUGUCCAGCCCGCGCUCGGCCCCGCCUCCUACCGCACCCAGCCUAAGCUUGUACAGUGAAACUUAUGCCAUGAAAUGCAAAACCCCGGGCUGCCUCUUCACCCUCAGUGUGGAGCACGACGGACUCUGUGAACGCUGCUUCAAUGCCAGACAGAACCAGGCGCCGCCUGUAGCCGGAACGGCACCUGGAGCCGGAACGGGCCAAGAUGCCAUGGCCCCUCACGCAGUUGCUGCACAGGCUCCUGGGUGGAACCAGUGGGCGGCCCGAGAGGUGGAGACAGAGCGCUGCAGCAUGUGCAGGCAGGAAGCGUUUAGGAUAUUCAACGGGCUAUGUCCGCCCUGUAUGCAAAGGCAGCAGGCUCCAGAAGGCGGUGAGCCGCAGCCCAGCAAGCCAAGGACUGAGGCUGCGUCUUCGGUUUGGAGCCGGCUGAGGGACCGUGAGCGGCCGUGCCUGACUCUGACGCCGGGGCACGCCUCCGUCUGGCAGGCCCCGCUUGCUCGGCCCUGUAAAAGAUCCGGUUGCCAGUUCUUUGGGACGCCGGAGAAGUUGGGUUUCUGCACUAUUUGCUACGUAGACUAUCAGACCAACCACCAUCUGACUCCUCCUCCCCCAGCCCCGGCACAGGGCCGGCACGGUGUGGAGGUCGGCUUCCAGAACGCCACGAGGUGUCGGGGGCCGGGCUGCGGCGCGGUGGGCAAGACCAUGCUGGAGGGCUACUGCGACAAAUGUUAUGUCAAAGAGCAAAGCGCACGACUCAACCAAGUGGCGCAUCGCACGCCUCACUCCCCUCCUCCUGUCGUACGUGAGCGAGGCACCAAACCCAGAUCCACUCAGCAGUCGCAAACGCAAACGCAGACCCAGUGCCGGCGGAGCGGCUGCAGCAAUGCGUCUCCGGGCUGCACGGACCUCUGCCCCGAGUGUCACACACGGGGCCAGGGCCGGGACGCCGGCCGGCGGGCGCAGGCGCCCAAAGAGAAGUCCAAGCAGCGGUGCCGGACGCAGGGCUGCGACCACUACGCCAACCAGGAGAAACAGGGCUACUGCAACGAGUGCGACCACUUUAAACAGAUCUACCGCGGCUGAACGCCAGCCCCUCUCGCAUACUAACCGACUAACUAACUAGCUAUGGACUAACUAGAAACCUUAUGGCCUGAAAAUCACUGCUUCCCCCGGAAAAAAAAAUCCUGUAACAUCCUUUCCUUCCCUGUGUAGAAUGUGAAGAGAGUGCGUGUGCACGUGGGGCGAUAAGCGCGCGCGUGUGUGUGUGUGUUUACGUGCAUGUGCGUGCGCACACGUAGUUGACUUGGCCUCCACAAUACCUCUUUGUGCAGUUAUGACCAUCCGAUGAGCUGUGGCCACACAUGUACAAAAUGUAUUUAGAGGUACUCGCCCACUCGUGCCGGAUGCAAUGAUUGUAUGUCAACUGGAAGCAUCUGAUUUUUUUUUUUCUAUUUUAUUUUUGCUUUCUAGACCAGUGGUUCCCAACCAUUAUUAAACUGAGGCACAUACAAUGGUUUACAUGAGAAAAAUGUCACAAAAAGUUUACAGUGUGGACAGGGAACUGAGCCCACCGUUAAGUUUCAAAUUCCUACUACAAAAAGAUGGUACCAAGAGCAAGAAAAAUAUGAAAAGCAAAUAGGUGUAUCCUCCAUUCGCAAAUAUGUGUGGGAACACUGCAAACUGAGCCCUGCUGUGAAUAAAGAAACAUCGCAAGUUAUUGGAAGCACCCCUGAAUUGUUUUCCAAAUUUAUAAUUGUAUAAAUUAGUGUAAACCAUAAAUAUACAAUAAACUAUUAUCCUACAACUUUAAUAUCAUGCCAAAGGCAUUUUAAAUUACCCGUAUCUCGUGUACAUGCACAUGUAGCGGACUCUACUUAACACAUUCAAUUUGGCUUCUUCCAAACGUAAGAAAGUUUAUCUUUAAUUUGAGAUGCCACUUCAACCUACUUUCUUGAUAACUUUAACAAUACUAUUCGCCAAAUCUUUGCCCCCAUCUUGUGGCAUCAUAGGGCAUUACAGAAAGAUGAACAAAGCCACAUUAUUUGUAGAUAAUACCCAUUUUUGGACAGAUUAAGUGAAAUGGGAUAAAACGCUGUCUCCCAGUGGUUGGGAAUCACUGUUCUAGACCAUAGCCAAGGAUUUCUAGCCCUCGUCUGUCAGUCUGUUCAUCUGUCUGUCUUGACGCAUCCGUCCGUGCUCGUCUGUCUUCGCAUUUUUGCUCCAGGGUUUGAGAGCGUGGUGGCGCUGCGACCAAUCAAAAUUGUCCCUGUCCCUCCAAAUUCAAACCCUCCAAUGUUCUUGCCAAAAAAGCAAAAGGACUUACAAUGAGUACAGUGUGGUUGCAUCAUGCACAAAUCAUUUGAAAGUAAUCCGCCCCUGUAUUUAUGUUAACGUCACUUAUGCUAAGUGAGUAGACUGGUGUCCAAACGUGUAUGUGAAUUUUUUGGGGAGGAAAAAGUAUAUUUUCCAGCAUUUUGGGUCUCCAGAAAUGCACUUUUUUGGGGGGGAAGAAAACACGGACCAGGGUAGAGAUUAGCAAAAAAAAAAAAAGUGUCUUGUCUCAUUUGUAUGAUGUCACAUUUUAGGGACGGGCAGGCAUGUUUCAAAUCGUUCACUCUCUCACUACUCCCUACUCCCCUUGUAGGGUUGCACUAUAUAGUGAGCUCAUUCAUAACAGCUUUCAGACACUACACGGAACUGUUAACGGCGUCACCACUGUCGCACUAUAGCAAAGUAAGGUGUUGGGGUGGUUUAAAAAAAAAAAGUGCUGCAUUAGUUAAAUGUACUCUUACUGUACAUUACUAUAAAAUAUAGGGUGCUACGUUUGAUCACAAAGCAUUCAGACACCACAACAAAAUGGCGUAACUACUAUAUAGUGCACUACGUGGUGGUAGUGAGGGAUUUUGGACACAGCAUAAGUACGCUGUUAAAGCAUCAUUGAAUUAUUAUUUGAGUUCCUCCUUCUCAGCUCAAUUUUACCAUAAUUAUUCACGACAACAACUAAAAAAAAACCAAGAAAUGCUGUGAGAAUAAAAUAAUAAUCUUACAAUCACAAUGUUUUAUAUUUUGUAGGAAAAAUAUUGUAAUUUUGUCAAAUUAAACUUGCAAUCUUAAAAUGGUCAAGUUGCAGUUUUACUAGACUGAAUUUUGUGAGAUAUAAAGUCACUUUUUUCACCCAAACAAUAAAAAUACAAUCAUGCAUGAAUGGUAUUUAUUUAACCCUUUAAAAUAAUCAUAAUUUUGAAAUAACACACCAAAAAAUUUCCAAGGGUAAAGCUUCAACAAUUGUUUUUUUUUUUCCAGAAAAUAACUUCCAAAAUUAAAAUUUUAUUUUUCAAGACUCAACUUGUAGUCAAACAAAGAAAUUGUAAUUUUCUGAGAAUAAAGUUGUAAUUUUGCAAAAAUAAACUGAUGAUCAUGAGUGUUAAGUUGUAGUUUUAGUAGAAAAUAGUAAAUAAGUUAGGUUUCUUUAAAAAUGAAAUCACUCUUAAAGAGAAUAAAGUUGUCAUUUUGUCAAAACGAGUCAGAAUCUGGACAGAAUCUUCUAAUGCAAAUGAUUUUUUUUUUGUCUCAAGUUUGUAUUUUUCUGUAAAUUAUUUCCUCAAAAAAGACUUAUAAGAAUUUCUCUUUUGAAAAAAAAAUCUCAACAUUUCAUAAGGUUCUAACUUUGACAAAAAGCCUUUCUCAAAAUAAGUGUUCUCGAAACAGUAAAAAGAUGGGAAUAAAUGCAACUGAUGUAAUUGCUUAAAAAAACGCAAGUGUGACUUUACUUUUAUAAGAUUGUCAUUUUUCUAAAGCAAGAGAAAAAGAUUUCUCACAAGACUGCAACUUUUUAAACUAAAAAAAAACAUUUUCCAAAAUGGAAAAAAAAGCAAAUUUACAACUUUUUCCUCAUCUUUUCCCCCUCAAAAACUCUUUACGUUGAUUGAUUACUUCGGCCGUCCCUCUUCGCGUGAUCUUUUAAAAACUUCAACUUCAUUUGAUUCAUUUUAAUUUGAAGAGACUUUCCCACUAUCGUACUCAAGUUUUAUCCUGACAUUUAUUCGAAAUGAACUUAGUGUGGAGGGACAUGGUGGAAAAUAUACUCCCCCACCCCUUUUUUUUUUUUUUUUUUUUUUUUUAAUAUAAAUUUAAAUUUCCCAUGUAUGUGUGAACUGCGUGCAAGACAGACAGGGCCGGCCCCUGUCUGAUGUGUUGAUCCAUGCACAGAGAGCCUCUCCAUUGUAGCCAGUGGAGCGACUCCGUUCAGCAUUUACGUUCUUAGCUUUUUUACCCCCCACUUAAAACAGAUCAGUUGCCUUGAUGUUGUUUUUUGCCUGUCUACGGACUACGUAAGCACCUAUAUGCAGGCCAUAUGCACACAUGAACACACCCCACCCCCCACCCUCCGAUUGCCUGCUUGGUCCGGCACAAUGUAUCUGAAUGUGUUUGUGCUGCUGCUGUAACUGCACAGUAUUGUAUUGGGGCUGAUCCUCCAGGAGUUUUGCCUUUACGACGGACCAGAGGGGCCUGAUCCCCAGAUCAGUGCUCCCACUUUUUGCUAUUAAUAAUUUCUAUAACCCUCCUGUUACGUUGCAGGUGCAAUUGAAAACAAAGUUCGUGGGCCUCAUUUCUGAGAGUUAACGCCCUGAAUAUUGAUUGUAAUAAGAUAUACAGUAAAACAUGUCUAUUGGAACUUUUUAACGUUUCUCGCACCAUUACACUUUUAAAAAUUGAUCCAGGAAAAGAUUGUUGUUGUUUUUUUCCUGGGAAACGCAACUAACAGGAGGGUUAAAUUGCAUUUGUGAAUAUGGAUCUGGGUCCGCGCAGUAGGACCUUCCGACCUGAUGCCUCAUCUUUAAAACACACACACGUGCGUCUCAAAACUGACAUUCCUAUUUUAUUUUUUUACUAGGGAAUUUUGGUUUUGUUUUGGUUGGUUCAAGAUGUAUUUUGAUAAUAGCUUUGGUUUCCUUUUUUUUUUUUGGUGUUGUUUUUAUUGCCAAAAUAAUGUACAUGUGCCAUCAAGCGCCAAGCGGUUGUUGUUAUACCUCCUUAAAAAUGGCCGCCUCAGACCAGAUCAUCGCGGCGCACUUUGUUUGAUGCAGUGGAAUGCUCCAAAGUCUAAAACCCCAAAAGUCAAAUAAUUACAAUUAUUAAUUACCUUUUUUGGUACUUGUUGCAUUUUUUAACGGUCUUUCUUAGUGAUGUUUAUGAAUGCUGUGAAUAGCAUAUUGCCAAAACUAUGAUGUCUAAAAGGGCUGAAAAAAUGUAAAUUAAAGUUUGAAACGUUUUAUCAAAUGAGCCCCAAAAGUACUCUCUUGAUAAUUAAGAUCAGUUUCAGUAAAAAUUUUACAAAGCACAGGGUAGCAUAGGUAGUGUAGUUCCUAACGUGGCUAACUUGAAAAUGACCAAAGAAUUUUGUUGCUAUUGAUGAGUACUUUUGUUUUAAAUAGUUUAAUGCAUUUUCCUAAUGUAUAAAUUGGGGGGGGGGAAAUGCAAUUUUUGCUCAAAUCCUUUAGACUCUUUUAAUAUAAAUUGCAUUCAGAAUAAUAAUUUUUGCUUACAUAGAUUGCAUAGAAUGUAACUAACCAGAGAAACACUUGAACAACAUUGGUCCGUAUUUUCAUUACAUGGAAUAAUUAGUCCCUUUUUGUUCCUAUACGGUCCGGAAAACGUGAUCAAAUUGGUUUAAAAAGUACAAAAUUUGUCUCAUAAUUAAAUGGCACUUGCAAGAAUAUUCCAAAGACUAAGCUAAUUUAUAACAAAUUUUUGGAAACGGAUUGUGUUUGACUCUGGAGGUUCCUUCCACUGUAUCCACCGCAAAGAGUCCAGCGUGUCUGCGUCCGCGCCAAGUCUGCCUUCACAUUCAAGUUUAUAAAUCUCCAUGUGCUUUACUGGCCUCCAGACCCACCUUAAUCCAACGAAGGCCAACGAGUGUGAGGGGGGGGGCGGGGGGAGAGAAAAAAAAAAGGACUUAACGCUUAGGGAUGUGUAACAAAACAUGCAAGUUUUUCUUAGUAGGACCUUUCCACAAUGGGAGUAUUGUAUGGAGAGAGGAAAAUAAACCCUGGUUUUAUUUGUUAAGUAUUUAUUCAUAUCAAGAUAUCUGUAUUGUGUGAUUCAAUAAUUAUUUAUAUGUUGUCCUGAAAUGAAUUAUUUUUAUUAAGAAAUCAGAA